GCAGAAACCGGUUCCAUUUCCUUAAAAAAAAAAAUGGAGGCAAAAUCCAGAAAGCCUCCCUCCUUUUAUCUCUUUCCCUCCCUCUCCAAAUAGCCCUCACUUUCUCUCUCCGGAUUCUGUUUUCAUGGCGGAUAAGCUCUCUGUCCCUCUACUAACACCCUGCCUUCCAACCCACAAACCCUUCUUUCGAGACCAGCCCCUAACCCACGACACCCCCACACCUCCACUCGCUCUUCCUCUAUUACAAGUCAUCCGUCGCAAAAAACCCAACCAAAAUCCCCAACCCCGGCGCCGCCUCCGCAAGCUCAACGAUCCCAACAGAGACAAGCCAUGGUCCCACUACCACCUCUCCCCACGAGGUCAGUCAACUCUCCAUACCCUCAUCGACCCGAGUUUCGAAACCUCUAAACUCGACAAAACUUUGCUCAAUUUGUUCAGUUCCCGUAUUGGGGAUGAUGAAUCAGAGUUGCCCACUGACACCCUUUCUGCUGAUAUUCUGGGCAUAGUUAAGGGCUUGCGUUUUUACAAGAAAUUGGACUUGGCCAAGAGUGUUUUUCACUGGGUUCGGAACCGUAGAGAUUGGGGUCUUCUGUUAAAUGGGUCGAUUGUAAGUGUGAUUAUCAGUUUUCUUGGCAAAGAGGGCCGGGUUUCUGCCGCGGUUUCUUUGUUUGAUAAUUUAGAGAAAGAUGGUUUUCGUGUUGAUGCUUAUGUAUAUACUUCUCUGAUUAGUGCUUUUGCUGGGAAUAGGAGGUAUAUAGAGGCUGUGAUUGUAUUCAAAAGAAUGGAGGAAGAGGGUUUUAAGCCUACAUUGAUUACCUACAAUUUGAUGUUGAAUGUGUAUGGGAAAAUGUCUAUGCCAUGGAAUAAAAUCAUGGCGAUGUUGGAUGACAUGAGGAGUUCUGGGGUUGUCCCUGAUGCAUAUACGUACAAUACUCUUAUAGCUUGUUGUAGACGUGGGUCUCUGUGUGAAGAAGCUGGAAGGAUUUUUGAGGAGAUGAAGUUAGCCGGAAUUACACCUGACAAGGUUACUUAUAAUGCCUUGUUGGAUGUCUAUGGGAAGUCUAGGCGUCCUAAGGAAGCCUUGGAGAUUUUGCACGAGAUGGAGAUUAAUGGGUUUUGUCCUAGCAUUGUGACUUUUAAUUCGUUGAUAUCGGCUUGCACUAGGAAUUGCCUAUUUGAUGAAGCAAUGGAGUUAAAAAACAAAAUGGUGGAAAAAGGCAUUGAGCCAGAUGUGUUUACUUAUACCACUCUCUUUUCUGGAUUUGAGAAGGCUGGGAAGGAUGAGUCCGCAAUGAGGGUUUUUGAGGAGAUGAGAAGUGCCGGUUGUAAACCAAAUAUCUGUACUUAUAAUGCUCUUAUAAAAAUGCAUGGAACCAGAGGGAGAAUUGCAGAAAUGAUGAAGGUUUUGGAAGAUAUCCAGACUUGUGGAUGUACCCCAGAUACCUCUACGUGGAACACGAUUCUGACUGUGUUUGGAAAAAAUGGGAUGGUUACAGAAGUCACCCGAGUUUUCAAGGAAAUGAAGAGAACAGGGUUUGUAGCUGAGAGGGAUACUUUUAAUACCUUAAUCAGCGUUUAUGGUCGAAGUGGAUCUUUUGACCAAGCCAUGGUUGUUUAUAAGAGCAUGUUAGAUGCAGGAUUUACUCCAGAUAUUUCCAGCUAUAAUGCUGCUUUAGUUGCAUUGGCUAGGGGAGGGCACUGGGAACAGUCUGAGAAGCUACUCGGUGAGAUGAAGGAUCGUCAGUGCAAACCUAAUGAGUUAACAUACAGUUCUUUGCUUCAUUCUUAUGCCAAUGGGAAGGCAAUUGAACAAAUGCACGCUCUAGCGGAGGAGAUAUACUCUGGUGCAAUAGGUAAUAGUGGUCUACUAUUGAAGACCCUUGUUCUGGUUUAUAGCAAGAAUAACCUUUUGAUGGAAGCAGAACGAGCUUUCUUGGAAUUGAGAAGAAAGGGUUCUGGUCUUGAUAUAACUACUCUGAAUGCCAUGGUUUCGCUAUACGGUAAGAGGGGGAUGAUUUCCAAAGCCAAUGAGAUAAUGAAAUUCAUGUGUGAAAACGGAUUUACUCCUACCUUGGCCACUUACAAUAGCUUGAUGUACAUGUACAGUCGGUCUGGGAAUUUCGAGAAAUCCGAAGAAAUUCUGAGGGAUAUAUUGGCAAAAGGAGUCAAGCCUGAUGUAAUUUCAUACAACACUCUGAUUUUUGCUUAUACCAGAAAUGGAGGAAUGAGAGAAGCAUCACGUGUGUUGAAAGAAAUGACGGAAGCUGGUGUUGUUCCAAAUGUGAUCACUUAUAAUACUUUUGUCGCGAGUUGUGCUGCAGAGGUUAUGUUUGUUGAGGCAAUUGAUGUGAUUCGACACAUGAUCAAACAGGGCUGUAAACCAGACAACCGUACUUACAACUCCAUUGUUGAUGGGUAUUGUAAGCUCUAUCGCCAUGACAAGGCAAAAGCGUUUGUGAAUGACCUUUGCAUGCUUGAUCCACAUGUUUCUAAGGAUGAAGAACACAGGUUGUCAGAGCGUGUAGAGAAAUAGUUAUAGAAGAUCCCUCCACAUUAAAGUGGAAUGCUUUCUGGCCUCUGAAGCUUGUAGACGUGCUCUUCUUUCGUUACACACCCUCUGCCAGUCAUGAAUUCUAGCUUGUUAAUGGUAAGAAAUGUGAUUUAGUUGCACAUGUUCUUUAUUUGAUCUUGAGAAUUUUUCUAGCAGGUUAUUACUAGCUUGUGGAUAUAAGAGUCUUGGUGUUAUAGUACAGCUGAAAUAAGAAAUGCAAGGUAGUCGAAUCACAGUGACUGCAAAGAUUAGCUGUUAACCUUCACAGAAAGCACAUGAGAAACUGAUUUUUUACCG